GGCUCUAUCUUGGGUUAGUUCUCCAAAUCUUUGUUUUGGUCAUACCUGUUAUCGACAAGCGGAGACACGGGUUAGCAACGAGAGCUGAUGUUUGCUACGAAUAUAUAAACACAGCUAGCUAGCUAAAUCACCACGCAUUACUCACUUAUAAGGAUAAUUGAUCGGCACAUCAACAAAUAAGUAAAGUAUGGAUUCCGUCAACGCUUUCAACUUGGAGUUAUUCGCCAUGAUUGACAUGAAGCCUCCAAUAUCGCGAGCAAAGAUGAUGUCAGUCACUAAAUCAGCAAUAAAGGCUAUCAAGCUAUACAAGCAUGUCGUCCAGAUUGUGGAGAAGUUCAUCAAGAAGUGCAAGCCAGAGCUGAAGGUUCCUGGCCUAUACGUGGUGGAUUCCAUAGUCCGACAGUCCCGACACCAGUUUGGAGUGGACAAGGAUGUCUAUGGACCAAGGUUCCAAAAGAACUUCACCCCGACCUUCCAGAACCUCUACCUCUGUCCACACGAUGACAAGAGUAAGAUCAUCCGUGUUCUCAACCUGUGGCAGAAGAACGCUGUGUUUGAGAUGGAUGUCGUCCAGCCCCUGUUGGAUAUGGCUACUGGCUCUUUCGUCCUUGCUCCCUCCCCCCAGGAGGACCUCCGGGCCCAGCCCCCAGUCUCCAGUGCCUCCAUAGCAGCAGCCCAGCACCAGGCCCCUGUCUCCAUAGCAGCAGCCCAGCUCCAGCCCCCUGUCUCCAUAGCAGCAACCCAGCACCAGCCCCCUGUCUCCAUAGCAGCAGCAGUCCAGCACCUGGCCCAGCCCCCUGUCUCCAUAGCAGCAGCAGCCCAGCCCUCUGUCUCCAUAGCAGCAGCAGCCCAGCACCUGGCCCAGCCCCCUGUCUCCAUAGCAGCAGCAGCCCAGCCCCCUGUCUCCAUAGCAGCAGCCCUGCCCCAGCUCCCAUCACAGCUUCGGAACCCUGAGGCUCUGGCGGCUGUGGCUCAGCUCUUCCAGUCUGGACAGGGACACGAGCUUCAGAAGAUACUUCUGAGGUUCCAGCCAGGGCAGCAGACCACCACUCUGGUUCCCAACACCAUGGCGGACGAGACUCAAACUACUGUUCCCAACACCUUGUCUGACCAGACCCACUCACAGAGGGUCCAAGGCCAGCAUAACACACACCAUCCACUGUUCAACACACACCACACACAUCCUGCAGAGCAGAAUAACUCACUAGCUAAGAAACUACUGGACCGUUUUGAUUACGACGACGAACCAGAAGAAGUGAAGAAAGAGGAAUUGGAUUCCCUUGUUCCGGGAAACGUUUACGGUGGCCAGUUUCCUGGUCAAGCGCCGCCCAACAUGGAGCAGCAAUUUCAGGGUCAUAUGAUGGGCCAGCCUGGGAGGCAGCAGACACCUGGUGAAGGAUACCCUGGUCUGAACAAGGGCUACAACCAGAGCCAGCACACUGCCCAGCAGAACCAGGACCAGGGAAACCCCAGAGAGAGAGAAGAUCCGUCUGGGAGGAGGGAUGGGAGGGAGGGGAGGCAGCGCGGCCACGGCAGGAGGUCACGCUCCAGGUCUGGCUCUCGAUCUCCCAGGAGAAAGAGAUCCAGGUCCAACUCUCGCUCCCGGAAGCCCCGACAUUCCUCCCAGGGCUCCGGGUCCCGCUCCAGGGAGAGUCGCUGGAACUCUCCUCGUUCCCGCUCGCAGGAGAGGAAGGAGAGAGAGAAGGACAAAGACCGUAGACAAAAAGGUCUGCCCAGCAUCAAGAGCCAGACACUCAGUGUUUGCACCACGACUCUGUGGGUGGGCCAGCUAGACAAGAAGACUUCUCGGCAGGACGUCAUGUGUUUACUAGAGGAGUUUGGGCAGAUUGACUCCAUUAAUAUGAUCCCUCCUCGGGGAUGUGCCUACAUAGUGAUGGUCCACAGGCAGGAUGCCUACAGAGCUCUGCACAAACUCGGCAGGGGAUCCUUCAAGGUCAACCAGAAGGCUAUCAAGAUUGCGUGGGCCUUGAACAAGGGUAUAAAGGCGACCCAUAAGAAGUUCUGGGACGUGGAGCGAGGCGUCACCUACAUCCCCUGGAGCAAGGUGAAGAUGGAGGAGUUGGAUGGCUACAGGGAGGGAGGCAUGCUGGACGCAGACACACUCUGUCCAGAAUGGGGAGAUGACGUGAAGGAGCUGACUAAACCAGGAGGACUGAACAACGGAGGAGGAGUGGAUGCCAUGGAAACCGAGGGAGCUGCCACCGCCCACGUACAGGUGCCUCCAGUCCAGCCAAUAGGGUCAAUGGGUGGUCCCUCUGGAUUCCCUGGCCCUCCCCCCUCCCUCACCCCCGGUGGACCCCCUCUCUUCCUGCCCGCUGGCUUCAACCCCACACAGCCUCCAGGUUUCCCUCAUCCAGUAGUGGGUGGACCAGGGAGCACCAAAGAUGACUCUGGAUCUAAAGACAAGGCUGGAGGGAGUGGUGGCCUCUCAGACACUCCAGACAUCCAGCUGGGACCUCCAGGCCCAGGCGGACCAGGGGCCUUGAUGAGUCCUCCAGGCCCAGCAGUGUUACUGGGUCCCAGGCCGGCCAUGCAGCCUCGUCCGGGACUACCAGCCCCUCACAUUCAGCCCCACUUCCCCCCUCACCUCCCUCCCCCAAACAUGCCCCCUAUGAUGAUGGGCCCCAGGGGCCCCAACCCUAUGUUUCCCCCCAGGGGGCGCCCUCCAGGUGGGUUCAGGAUUCCCAUGGGCCACCAGUCCAUGGAGGACUUUCCUCACGGACCCCCCAGACAUCCCCUCCAGCCUGGACCCCCCAGACAUCCCUUCCAGCCUGGACCCCCCAGACAUCCCUUCCAGCCCGGACCCCCCGGGGAAGAAGAAGGCAACUGGGAGGGCGGGAGACACUUCAGGGGCGAGAGGCCAGGGUUUGGGGGACGUGACGGGGACGGGGGGAGGUUUGGGGAGCGGGGGAGAGGGUUUCCUAGAGGAGGAGGAGGAGGAAAUGGUCGGCCCAUAGAUGGGCCUGAGGGGAGGUUUGGGGAGCGGGGGAGAGGGUUUCCUAGAGGAGGGGGAGGAGGGGGAAAUGGUCGGCCCAUAGAUGGGCCUGAGGGGAGGGACCGCUUCAUGAACCAACGGGAUAGAUUUGAAUGGUGAUGAGGCGGGGCCAGGAGGGUUCAGCCGUAGAGACUGGGGGGGGGGGAUCAUCCAGGGUCCUGUUCAGCAGGGAGAAAAUGUUUUGGAACAGAGUGAAACGGGAAUGAACUACCUGAACUUGUCCAGUAAAAACCCAAGAGUUUUUUUUGUUUUUGUUUUGCUGAACAUAACCCAGAUGUCUGACCUGGAGAACGACUUGGAGACUGGGCACAUGGAGUCACACGGAGUCACACGCAGACAUUGUAAUGUACAGCCUGUCCCUGACGAGUAUCUCCACCGUUCCAAAGACAUUAAGACUAACACAGAGAAAAGAAAAUGAAUGGGACAGUUUCCCAAAUGAUAGAAUAAGCCCAGUCCAUUUAAUAAAAAGCAUGUUCAAUGGAGGACCUCUGUUAGAACGACUUCUUAGUUCAGGACUAG